AGGUGUGAAGGCUGCCUGAUGGCUCGUCAAAACGGCAGUAGAAGUCGUUGAGGGUGUUGGCUAAAGUAGCCAUGCAUCAUGCGGUCCUGCAUAUGACCAUGUGUCAGAAAAGGAAAUUAAAACUUUAGAAACUUAGGACACAUUGAGUGGACAGCGAGUUCAAGUGACCCUUUGCACUGCAGCAGAGGAGAGAAGCAACACCCUCGCAGAAACUCAUGAGUCACAUAUUCUGUUAUUUAACAAAUACUGAAAGUCUACGCAGCAGCAGACUAACACUCAGUCUAAACUGACGGCUGCUUUGUCACGAGCUGAAAACAGUGAAAUGUUGUCACGUGUCUGCAGAUCUGAGUCUAUAGACAGAGCGACACAUGACGCCUCAGCUGCCUCCUCUCUCCUGCUCGCUCUCUCUCCGCAUCUCUGCCUCCAUCAGGACACGGAGCUCCGCCUCGGAUGCUGCUGGAACUGUUUAUCUGAUUACCAGAUACACGAGCUGCGCUUCCUUAAAGCGACACCGUGGCCUUAAUUAAUUACACUGCCAGUGAGAGAGAAAGAGAAAGAAGGAGAAGAGGAGAGAGAGACGCCGAGGAUGCAGUGCCCACCUCCUCCCUGCAGGAUGCCGCGAGCCGCCGCUUCAUCUCCUGCCUCGAGGUUAUGAACUGUAAUAUGACCCUGCACGCCAGCAGGAAGACCCCCUCCUCUUCCCCCUCCUCCCUCCUCCUCUCCAUCCUGGGAUACAUCCACGAUCAGUGUAUCACGCGGGUUUUUCUUCCGCUUUCUCUCUGCAUCACGCUCAGCUGAUGAAACUGGCAGCAAACGCGCGUCCCUACAGCCUGCACGGCAUCUAUGGAAGGCGUUUUUAGGUCCGCGUGUGAGCGUCCUCUCUGCUGUGCUGGCGGCCUUCCUGUGUUUCUGCACUCCUGUUUCGCCGCUGGUACUUUUCCGCUCGCACGCAGCAGAUGAAACCCCGACUCCCUGCCUCUGCGCUUCCUCCCCGCGUGGGCUCUGAGACCUGCGUCAAGCGCGCCUCGUCCUCUCCGCGCCCCCGCCGUCGCCGUGCCGCUGAUGCGGUGCGCCUGGGUGCUCGCUUUCUCCUCGUCCUGGCCGGUUCCUGAUCCUCUGGGCCGGAGGGCCAGCCUCCUCCAUCGGGGCAGGAUGGUACGGUUUGUGAGCGCGCUGGGGCUCGUCAUAUUCAGCGUGGCGCUGCUCAUCCUGUCUCUCAUCAGCUAUGUCUCCAUCAAGAAGGACUUCCUGUUCAGCACCCCGAGAUAUGGACACAACGGCGGACCCAGGAUGUACAUGUUCCACGCGGGGUUUCGUGAGAGGCCACCUCGCAAACCCGACCUGAGCUCCCAGUUGGCGAUGAAGUAUUUGGAUCCAGCUUUUACUUCUCUGACCAACGCUCUCAGCGAGGACCUGCAGAACUCAUCUAAAUGGAGGCACAACAGCACUGCUUUUAACCAGCAGAGGAAGGAGAUCUCUCAGUACAUCGACAUACCCCACAACUUCACGCUGACUCGAGACUCAGUCCGAAUCGGUCAGCUGAUGCAUUAUGACUACUCCAGCCACAAAUACGUCUUCUCCAUCAGCGACAACUUUCGCUCUCUCCUCCCGGAGGUCUCACCAAUCCUCAACAAGCACUAUAACGUAUGUGCUGUGAUUGGCAACAGCGGCAUCCUCACUGGCUCACGCUGUGGUCCCCAGAUUGAGAAAUACGACUUUGUCUUCCGCUGCAAUUUUGCGCCGACUGAGAUCUUUAAAAAAGAUGUUGGGCGUCGCACCAACAUGACGACCUUUAACCCCAGUAUCCUGGAGAAAUACUAUAACAACUUACUAACUGUGCAGGACAGAAAUAACUUCUUCCUUAGCCUGAAGAAGCUAGAUGGCGCCAUUCUGUGGAUCCCGGCGUUUUUCUUCCACACGUCGGCCACAGUGACGAGAACGUUGGUGGACUUUUUUGUGGAGCAUAAAGGUCAGCUCAAGGUCCAGCUCGCCUGGCCUGGAAACAUCAUGAAAUAUGUCAACAACUACUGGAAAACCAAGCAGCUGUCGCCGAAGCGCCUGAGCACAGGCAUUCUGAUGUACACGCUGGCUUCUUCCAUGUGUGACCAGAUCCACCUGUACGGUUUCUGGCCCUUUGGCUGGGACCCGAACACAGGCAAAGAGCUCCCCUACCACUACUACGACAAGAAGGGCACCAAAUUCACCACCAAGUGGCAGGAGUCCCACCAGCUGCCAGCCGAGUUUAAACUCCUCUACAAGAUGCACACAGAAGGACUGCUGAAGCUCUCCCUCUCCCACUGUGCUUAGGGAUAAAACUGUGGCAGGUACUGUGCUCCUUCAGGCUCCGAUCCAGCACUUCCACUGGCCAGAAUUACAGAAAGGGUGAGACAAGCAAAGUUGGGACUCCUGCCGUUUAGUCAAAGGCAACAGCUUGACUGUAAGGCUGAGUUGGUGCAGUGGAGAUCAGCCUGAGAUACCAGAGCAAAGGCUCAUAAUCGUGCGCUCAAGAUGAACUGUGACAGCUCAAUAAACAAGCAGUGUGUUAAUUUUCUACUGCUCAUAAAUCUACAGCUGAACAGCACUGCGUUUAGUUUCAUUUUACCACAGAAAGGUGGACUGUCAUGCAAAAGCUGGUCUUCAGACGAGUGUCACAGUGCUGAAUCAUUUAAUAGCUUUUUAAUUGCAGUCGUGGUCUUUCACAGAACUAAUGCAGACACAUGCAACAUAAAACAGCUCCAUCCAGAAAUGACAGCAUGUAGGCCAAUCAGAUUCAAGCACAUAGAUCCAGGCAUGGCAAAAAACAUGAUUUUGUGGCUGUUUUCAAAAAUUGCAAAGUGCUGUCUUACGUUCGUUAUAUAUUAUAAUAAACAGCUGUGUGGCGCUGGGGUUUGGUAAACCCUCAAACUCAGAGCUCUGACAUUUUGGGUUAUUUUUCUUUGGUUUCUUUGCUGUUUUUGGUCUGAAAACAACAAUGCUGGGAUCAUCCGCAUGUCAGGGACCACACUGACAAAGUCUGGAGGUUGGAUGUAUGCAGGGUCCUGACAAUAUCCUAGAUUUUAUUUUUGCACAUUAGAGUCAUAUUAAGAAAAGAAGAUGAAGCUUGAUGAAGAUGAUGAUGAGAUCAGAAUACACAGUAUUUUGCCUUUGACCAAGAUACAUUAUCAGACUACAUAUCUUUCUGUUUUCAAAACUUCUACAGUGCCACAUACAAAGGAGAACAAAAGGAGGGACCAGGUUUGGCUUUCUUUGCUCCACCUGACAGCUCCAACAUCAUUAUCAGUCUUUCCUUUUGCCAUGUCUGCUGUUGUGCUAUAUAUAUAUAUAUAAGAACGCUCAGUCUCUAUAUUUAGCACAGUGAAAGGAUAUAGUAGAUCCUACAGUAGUGCAAUCGGUGCCUGGAGAAGUCUCUUUUUUGUUUAUUUAAGCAGCAGGUAUGAUAUAGUAUAAACGCCCUGUGCUACAAGCACUAAAGUAUGAAAAAACUUAUUGCAUUUGCACUUCACUCUUCAAAAACGAAGUAGUAUUUUACAUAUAUUCACUUAACUCUAUCUGAGUUUGUGUCCAUCUGAUGAAUGCAAAUCAAUUUUUCUUUCUCCUUUUAGUCUCAUUAGCUCAUUCCUUAUUCCCGUUUCUACCCUGCUGUUUUUAUUUGUUUGUUGCGUAUGAGUGGUUUGAUAACCUUUGAUUUCUAAAGUGACCCUACUGCUAAUGUUAGAGCUAUAAACAGAGUAAACCGUGGAGUUAACGUCACUUUAAAAGAUCUACUUUUAAAACAAAUAACUAUACGUUUCAUAGAGAUAGUAGGGCUGAGUGAUUCUUUUGAAUAUCAUUUAGGAAAAACAAGAUAAUUGGAUUAAGUGUUGGAGAUGGAGCCAAGACGAUGAAAAGAGCUACUUUGGUCAAUACAAUUUCUGUAGAAGUAAAUUAUGACAAGGUUUAGGAAAGGCUAGAAGCUCUGAAAGGCAGGUUGGUACAAAGCAGAGUUUGCUUUGCAGUCAAAAGCAAUUCAAUUCUCUACAACUAUUUAAAAUAUUUAAAAUUAUUUAUUAAUUUAUUAAAUUAAAUAAAUAAUUUCUUAUUCUUGAUUCUUGAAUCAAUAAUCACAUUAAAUAAUCACAAUUACAAACAAUCCCAAAUCCCAGCUGAUCUGUAAAGUUCAAUCACAGACUGUAUUUAAAUGAUGGAAAUUGUGAUGUCACAGUUGAUUAGUGCAGCAAGGAAGCUAAUUUACCAUAUUAACUUAUUUUUAAAAAAAAAAACAUAAAUUCAGUAUAACCUGAAACUACCAACUGAGCCAAGUCAUCAGAAAAGUGUUCACUUCACAUGGCAAGAAAGCCGAACUGCUGAAGUUGCCCCCGACUGGCUUUUAGAAAUAAUGUAGAUUUAAGGUACUUCUGUAUGGACCCAGAAGCUACAUCCAGCUUUUUUAAAUGCAGUUUAAGAGUCCAGCCCAGCUAGAAAGAAA